AUGGGAACCGACACUGCAGCAGCUGGGAAAGAUGCAAAGGCAUCAGCUGCACCUGCUGCAGCACCUGCAGCAGCAGAAGCAGCAGCAGCAGCAGCAGAAGCGGCAAAAACCAAGGACGCAGCGGCAACAGCAGCAGCAGCAACAAGCGCAGCAGCAGCAGUAGCAGGGAAAAAAGCUGAAGGAGCAGCAGCAGCCAAGGCAGCCAAAGCAGCAGCAGACACAGCAGCGACACAGAAGAUACAAGCGGCAGCAGUAGCAGCAGAUGCAGCAGCAGCAGAAGCAGCUAAAAGAGCGCAGGCUGUAGCAGCAGCAGCACAGGAUGCAGCAGCAGCAGCACUCUCCUCUGCAGCAGCGCGAACAGCGGCAGCAGCGGCAGCACUGCCUGCAACAGCAACAGCAACAGCAACAGCAGCAGGAACAGCAACAGCAGGCAGGACAGCAGCAAGGGACAAAGCAACCCCAGCAGCUCCGACCAGUUCGGCAGCAGCAGCAGCAAGGGCAGCAGCAGCGGCAGCAAAGAGCAAGGACACUGUAGAAACAGCAGCAAAAGCAGCAGCAGCAGUGAAUGGCAAAAUCAGCAGCAGCAGCAGCAGCAGCAAAAGCGAAGCUGCAGGCUCUGCAGAACGUAGCGCUGCAGCAUCUUCAGCGAAAAAACAACAGCAACAAGUGCAGCAGCAGCAACUGCAGCAGCAGCAACCGCAGCAGCAGCAGGAGAAAUUGCGGCAGCAAACGCUCCUUCAACAAUAA